CCAGCGCGUCCUUUGUGUGUGUGUGUGUGUGUGCGUGCGCGCGCGCGCGCUUUGUGUCUGUUCGAGUGCGUCUGUUCUUAAUAACCUAAUUAUAUAUAAAUAACAAUAAACGGGACACGGAUCUUGGAUUUAAGAUUUCCCCGCUCCAUGAUUGUGUGUUGAUUUAUUUAUUUAUUGUAAGAGAAGCAAGGCUUGAUCCGCAGAUGUGCGCGAGCGCGGCGCGGGUUUGCGCGGUGCGGGGAUGGUGAGAGGAGCUCGGGAUCUGCUCGUCUUCUUCAUCUUCGUCUUCGUCUUCAUCAUCACCGCGGCUGUGGAUUUGCCAGGGAUUUACCCAGGGACAGGACGGGCAGAGCAGUAGCGGAGCGGAGAGGACGGAUAAAGACCUGCAACAACAAUAACCGGAUUUUGCAGCAGGAUGCGACUGUGAAUCCUCUUGAGCGCUCAUGAUGAUGAGGAUAUUCGGGGGCUGCGAGGGCCAGCCCGGCUGCUUCAACACCUCCAAAGAUUACUGCUACUCGGCACGGAUCCGCAGCACCGUGCUACAGGGCCUGCCUUUCGGAGGAGUGCCCACUGUACUCGCUCUCGACUUCAUGUGCUUCCUGGUCCUGCUGUUUGUCUUCUCCAUCUUGCGGAAGCUGGCAUGGGACUACGGCAGGCUGGCUCUCGUGACCGACGCCGACAGACAGAAGAAGAGAUUCAACGGCAUGGAGGAGCGGGAAUACGUGGCUUCAGCGCUGCAUUCAGAAACUCCGGAUCGCUACGAGCGCCUCACCUCCGUCUCUAGCUCUGUGGAUUUUGAACAACGAGACAAUGGGUUUUGCUCCUGGCUGACGGCCAUCUUCCGAAUAAAGGACGAGGAGAUCCGUGAGAAGUGUGGCGAGGAUGCCGUGCACUACCUCUCCUUCCAGCGGCACAUCAUCGGGCUGUUGGUGGUGGUGGGCGUGCUGUCGGUGGGCAUCGUCCUGCCCGUUAACUUCUCCGGAGACCUGCUGGAAAACAACGCGUACAGCUUUGGCCGCACAACAAUCGCAAACCUGAAUUCGGGGAACAACUUGCUGUGGUUACACACGUCGUUCGCCUUCCUUUACCUUCUCCUCACCGUCUACAGCAUGAGACGCCACACCUCCAAGAUGCACUACAAGGAGGACGACCUGGUGAAACGCACUUUAUUUAUAAACGGCAUCUCGAAGUACGCCGAGGAGAUCCAGAUCAAACAGCACUUCGAGCAAUCCUACGAGAACUGUGUCGUCCUCGAGGCUCGGAUCUGCUACAACGUGGCCAAGCUCAUGGCUCUUAAUGCCGAGAGGAAAAAGACAGAGCGCAGUAAGAAGUUCUUCACGGAUCUGCAGGCGAAGGAGCACAUGCCCACCAUGAUCAACCCCAAGCCCUGCGGCCACUUGUGCUGUUGUGUCAUAAAAGGCUGUGAAGAGGAGGAAGCCGUGAGCUACUACACGAAACUGGAAGCGAAACUCAAGGAAGAGUACAGGAAGGAGAAGGAGAAGGUCAACACCAAACCUCUGGGCAUGGCCUUCGUCACCUUCCAGAACGAGGCCAUGACUGCAAUAAUCCUGAAAGACUUCAACGCGUGUCAGUGUCAGGGCUGCGUGUGUCAGCAGGAGCCACGUUCCUCCCAGUUCAGCGAGAGUCUUCAUGUCUAUAACUGGAGCGUGACCUACGCUCCUGACCCCCAGAAUGUGCGCUGGGAGCAUUUGUCUCUGGGAGGCGUUUCCUGGUGGAUCAGAUGCUUAAUCAUUAACUGCAUCCUCUUCCUGCUGCUCUUCUUCCUCACGACCCCGGCCAUCAUCAUUUCCACCAUGGACAAGUUUAACGUUACCAAACCAGUAGAGUAUCUCAAUAAUCCCAUCAUCACCCAGUUUUUCCCCACUCUCCUGCUGUGGGCGUUCUCUGCUCUCUUGCCCACCAUCGUCUACUACUCGGGUUUUUUCGAGGCCCACUGGACCAGGUCAGGAGAAAACCGGACCACCAUGCACAAAUGCUACACGUUUCUCAUCUUCAUGGUCCUCCUGCUGCCAUCGCUGGGCCUCAGCAGUCUGGAUGUGUUUUUCCGCUGGCUGUUUGACACGCAGUUCCUAGCUGUGGCCGCAGUCCGAUUUGAGUGUGUCUUUUUGCCUGAUAACGGAGCGUUUUUCGUCAACUACGUUAUCGCAUCUGCAUUCAUCGGAAACGCGAUGGAUCUUCUGCGCAUUCCUGGUCUCCUUAUGUACAUGAUCCGUCUGUGUCUAGCUCGAUCUGCUGCAGAGAGACGCAACGUCAAACGGCAUCAAGCCUAUGAGUUUCAGUUCGGUGCAGCCUACGCCUGGAUGAUGUGCGUCUUCACCGUCGUCAUGACGUACAGCAUCACCUGCCCAAUCAUUGUCCCAUUCGGCCUGAUGUACAUGCUGCUCAAGCACCUAGUAGAUCGCUAUAACAUGUACUACGCCUACCUGCCGUCCAAACUCGACAAGAAGAUCCACUCUGGAGCCGUCAAUCAAGUGGUGGCCGCGCCCAUCCUCUGUCUCUUCUGGCUGCUCUUCUUUUCCACCGUACGCACAGGUUUCAUGGCCCCGACCUCCAUGUUUACGUUCGUGGUGCUGAUCAUAACCAUCGUGGUUUGUCUGUCGCACGUCUGCUUUGGCCACUUCAAGUAUCUCAGCGCUCACAACUACAAGAUUGACACUAAGGACAGCGAGGUGGACGGCAUGGAGAACGGACGUCCGGCACGUUCCUCACCCUCCAGCAAAUCUCCGCAGCAGAUGUACAUCGCACAGGUUCUGCAGGACCCAAACUGCGACGAGACGGGCGGAGGCAGCGGAGAGGACGACGGCCAGGGAUCCUCGCAGGACGAGGAGAUGAUCAACGGAGGCAACAGCCUGAACGAGGCCGACUUCCAAUCCGGGGAAGACAGCCUGAUCGCCAACGAGGUCCGCCACUAACGCCAGCCCUGAUGAGGAGAGAGAGGGAGGAGGAGGGGGAGAGGGGGGAAGGAUGGAAGGAUGGAUGGCAUGUGGCUGGGACUGAAGGCGGACCAGAGAUCCAUGCUUAAGCUUUCCACAUGUUUUGUGCAAGCUGUGCGUCAUCUCCAUCAAGAGCAGCGCUGAGUGUGUAGGUUCCUGAGGAGUUUGUCGCUUCAACGUUCAUGACUCCUAACACCAAAAACACUGCAAUCAAAAAUCAAGCACCAACAUCAAGCACAAACCGCACAUGCCGAGCGUACGGUCACACACUACAUGGCGUUAUUCCUGAUGUUCGUUUCAAGUCCGCUUGGAAUUUGUGUCGCAGCAGACUGGUUAGUCCAUCGGGUGUGACGUCUUUAUCGAGGAAAGUGUAUUUAUGAUGUGAUAUUUUUUCUGCUCUUUUUAUUUAUUGCAUUCAAACUCUCUCUAAGGAGAAAGGAAAAGCCUGGUCGUGCCGGAUCUACUCCUGUUACUCGAGCGUACAUGAAGGAUUUCCAGAUACGUCCGUGAGACACUUGGACAAUCCACUUCCAAAGGGAAAAGACACGCGAGUCUACUCCUUUCCACAAUAGAGGCCAGAUCUGCACUAACUCGUCUCUCUGAAGGACUCGAUCUCACGAUGCUCAACACUAGAAACAUGUCAUCUCACUGCUAGUUUUUAGGAUUAGUUGCUCCCAAAGUGGCUUGGCUUGCUCCAUCUGUCUUUCAAUAACUACGAGAAAUUAAUAAAUAUCAUUCCAAAGCACAUGUGCAAUAGAGAAGAAGAGACAAGAUCACAGUCCUCGUUAGUCAAGUAGAUUGAUCAUCGAAUCGAUUGCCGUUUUAUUAUUCUAUAAGGUUCUAUCUGGUCGAAGAUGCCGUCAAAGCUCUUAAGGUGCUAAAGUGAUGCUUGAGUUAAUUAUCCAUAACGAUAAUGAUGGUGGCACGGUGGCGUAGUGCUUAGCACUGUGGCCCCGCACCUCUAGGGUCAAGGGUUUGAUUCCCACCACAGAUCCAUACAUGAGUGGAGUUUGCAUGUUCUCCCUGUGCUCGAUGGGUUUCCUCCGGGUACUCUGGUUUCCUCCCACAGUCCAAAGACCUGCAGGUUAGGCUAAUUGGCGUUCCAAAAUUGCUCAUAGCGUGUGAAUGUGUGUGUGUGUGAGUUUGUUUUGUGCCCUGGGAUGGAUUGGCACCCUGUCCAGGGUGUACCCUACCUAGUGCCUCGGGAUAGGCUGCAGGCUACCAGGACCCUAUGCAGGAGAAGCAGUAUUGAACAUGAAAUUAUACUCAUGUUCGUUAACUCGGACGUUAAGCGUUUCACUAUAACUGACGUCCCCAACAACACAGCGAGUUGCUAGCUAGUGGAAUAAAAUUGGUUAAUUUGGGGGGGCAAUUACGUCUAAAAAAACAAAAAAAACAAAAAAAAAAAAUUUCAUGCAUUUUCAGUCCUAGUGACACUGGCAUGUUCUGUUCAUUAAAAAAGUCGGUUAAUGUCUUUAAUGUAAUAUUUAUUUCUGAUGUUCAAUUCUAAUCUGGCUUUAACCACUCAAUUCACUUUCCAACGUUCGAGAAGGUUUUACUAAAAUGUUCUUUUUCCUUAACAUAGAGUCUUCAAAACUAGUAGAUGGAUAAACAGAAGGUGAAUAUUCAUGAUUCAUCAUUGGCUGGCAGAUAGAACCUUAUGAAACCUUACGAAUGAUAAUCUGCAGGUUUGGAGAUAGACCUUUUAGUUUUUGUUUUUUUUCGUUUUUUUUUUUAUAGAUCACAUUGAAAACUUUAAAUAAUAAUAAUAAUUAUUAGUAAUAAUAACAAUAAACCAACACUACAUGAGAACUCGUGUCAGCCAGAACUUUAUAAUCUGUUUUUUUUGGGUUUUUUUUAAUCAUGCACAAAGUCAGCACGUUUGUGAUCUCACGACUUGGAGUUUGAGCCAAAGUGUGUGAAAGUUCCUACAGCAGAUAAAUCCACUGGAGGCUGCACUGGCAUCUUAGGGUUUUUUUCUUCUUCUUCUUCUUCUUUUUUCACCUUAACCACCUUAAUAAAUGUGUUUGUAUGAUAUUAAAAAAAAAGAAAGAAAAAAAAACAUGCGCACACUCACACACUUAUUUAAUAUUGAGCUGUUAAGGUUUAGUUACAAAGUUUAAGAAACACGGUUCCAAAAUUACAUGGAAAACUUUAGAACUUAUUUUUUUAUUCUCAUUAUUUUGAUUAUUAUUUUGUCCUCUCUUGAUGAUGCUCAUGGAUCAAGUCUGAAAUUAUUGCUAUAGAGGUAAAGAACCCUAACUUUUUUACAUUAUAUCUAAUUGGAAAAAUCGCACACACUUGAUUUUCCACGAGAAAGUGUUUCAUGGUGACUGGUUUACACCAUCGUCCAGUUGGGUCUUAAAUAGUUUAGAUUGGUACAAUGAGGAAAUAGAGACAGCUGGACUUUUGACCCAUAGCUACUUUGAUCUCAUCGUUUUUUGGUAGACCCCAAAAAACACAUUGAUACCUGGGUGGAUAGCGCUGGACCACUGCUGAAAACACACAAUCCUUAAUCAGGGAUCCCCUUACACUAUUCGUGAAGUUUUGUCAUGUAAGCUAUGUCGCGCUGGGAUAAACUCACUUGCUAAAAAAAUAAAAUAACGGCCGAGUUUGCGUAAAGGUCAGACAUGAGAGUGAUGGAAAAAGGUCAUGUGACCUAAUUGUCCAGAUUGACCCUAUUCCAGAGCGAAGGGCGCAUCAGGGUAAGAAGGGAAAGUGCAUGAAAUCAUGUACCCAUCAUGCAUUGUGGCCACUGGUUAUGAUCUGGGGUUACUUCAAAUGAUUAGUUGUAGGAUUGAGAUAGAUAAAGAAUUUAAGUCCAAAUAAAAUGAAUAUGGCAUAUUUUGAAAUAACCUUACAAAUUAAUUUGUAAGAUAAUCUAACAAAUUAAACAAUGCACUGAAAUAAGUCAGAAUAAUGAGAUAUUUUGACUUAUUAUAUUGAAAUAAGUGCAAAAUUGAAAAACA